AGAGGCAGGAUACCCCAGAACAGCUAUGUCCCCAGUUCCUAUGCUCUGAGGCCACCGAGUGGAAAGCAGCAGUAAGAAUUGGUGAGAGGACACAAGGGCUAUUGUCCCUAAGUGCAGACAGAGGCACCAGAGAACAAAAUGAGGGGUGGCUAGAACUUAGCCUACCUAGACCCUGGCACAAGCUCCCAAAUUCUAGCAGACUCACAGGACCAGCCAAGAAAAUGCAGGACUAUGGUCCCCAGGCUUCCUGUUCGGUGUACCUGCUGCUGCUACCACUAUUGUCUAUGCCAUUUAUUGCAGUCCAGAGCUUCCUGUACCCUCAAUCUAUCCAAAAACCCUAUCCUGAGGAAACUGCUAGGUUCUUCAAUUAUCAAUUCAGUAAGUCAACCAAGAUUGGGGUAGAUGAGGAAGAUCCCCUGCAGUAUUGUGAAGGUGACUUUGACAUUUACUUCGUCUUUGACAAGUCCAAAGCCGUAACUUCGUGGAAUGACUUGUACACAUCCUGGGAAGAUUUGGUGGAGAAAUACGUGAACCCCAAACAGCAUAUGAGCUUCAUUCUGUUUGAUACCAGAGCUUCAAUCAAAACGCCACUCAUCUCAGAAAGGUGGAAGAUCCGCCAAGAGCUCACCAAACUUGACAGCCAGGUGUUAGAAGGAGCGACAAAUCUACAGAAAGGACUGGAAAAGGCUAACGAACAGAUCCAAAAUGUCAACUCGGGAGCCACUAAGAGGUCUAGUCUGAUCAUUGCUGCCGUUUGGGGGGAAUUGACACCACAAGUAUUGAAGGAGUCUAAGGACGAGGCUGAUAAAGCUCGGAGCAUGGGAGCCUAUGUUUACUGUGUCGGUCUAAACUCCUCUGAGAGACAAAAGUUGAAUGAGAUCACAGACAAUGAGGAAAAUGUGUUCAUUUUGGAUGGCCAGUCGAAUCGGUUCCAUUCCAUAGUAGACGAGAUUGGCACAAUGGCCUGCCUUGAACUCCGAACUGUUGAGUUUCCAUGCAUAGGAGAAAAUCGCCCAGUGAUCUUAAGAGGAUACGGCUUCCACAACCCAAAGAAUUCCAGUGAAGUCAUUUGCAGAUUCAAGUUCACCAACUCCACGAUCAUCGAUGAAAGUCCGAUCGAUAAGAACUCCACUGUCAUAUUUUGUCCUGCACCAAAACUGAAGCAACCUGGACAAACCAUCUUAGUUGAAGUAAGCCUGAACAGAGGAAGAGAGUUCCUUGCCCACACCAUCCCUGUGAAUACUUCUAACUGUGUACCUCCGCCAGUGACUACCACCUCUACCCUCCCAACAACUCUCACAACUUCAACAAGCCCUGUCCCAACAACUCCACUCCCUCCUCCUCCCCCUCCACUCCCUCCUCCUCCACCCCGUCCUGUCCCACCUCCUGCACCUCCUCCUCCUCCUCCUCCUCCGCCGCCGCCGCCGCGGCCACCUCCACCUCCAGCCAUUGUUCGUCCACCAGCUGAGCCAAGCAAGGAAGUUUUGCUCAGCACAGUGGUCCUGCUCCUGAUGCUGGUCCCCGUGUUGCUGUGGUGGGUCUGGUGGCUGUGCUGCAGGUCGCCUGUCAAGGCACGGCCAGCACCUGCACCACAACCAAAGAAAGAAAAGCCCCCUCCUCCAGUGCCUCCCCCAACUCCACCACCACCACCACCACCACCACCACCACCACCACCACCACCACCACCACCAGUGAAAGCACCCCCCAUCGUGAUCAUUUGCUGCAGUACCUGCUACGAUGUAUGUGUGAGAAGAGGUGAAGAGGGGCCGUACAUCAACCUUGACCUCCUGGCGGACCUCUGUUCUCAAGCUCCCAGCACCUCGAAGGCCGGCUUCCUCUCAUUGGAGGAGUACCUGUCCCUGGCCUCCUGUUCCAAGUGCCACCAUCUCCCACACCGUUGUCCCAGGCUAUUUCCUUUGCUCCCUCCCCCUGCCCGGGUGUCUCCCAAAGCCCCAUUGUCGCUCCUUCCCACGCAGCAGACCUCUCAGAAGCCACAAAGACAAGAUUGAGAGUACUUGGCUGCUAAUUGGGACCCAUGUAUCUGUUCUUGGAUUUCAAUGUUAAAAGAGUUGGAUUUUUUUUAUUAGGAAGUUUGUCAUCCAAAGGUAAGCCGCAGAUGUGUUUCUGGGGCACCCAGAACGACAAAACUUAGUGGUGUCACAUGGCUGGGCACCAAUGAGUUCUACGGCCACAGGUUCUUAAGUCAAGCUCUAUAUGAAGAGCAAUCCCAAAUUCAUCCUGAGAGUAAACUUCACAGCCGUGGAAGCAUGCCUGGGGCUACAGGCGUAUACCAUUGCAUGUCAAAUACUUAACUACCUGAGCCACCUUUUAGUCCAGUGGUUCUCAACCUAUGGGGCAUGACCAAUUUGGGGGUCGCAUAUCAGGUAUCUGGCAUAUCAGACAUUUAUUUACAUUAUGAUUCAUAAAAGUGGCAAAAUUACAAUUAUAAAGUAGUAACAUGAUGCUUUAUACUUGAUGUUUGGGGGUCACCACAACAUGAGGAACUGUAUUAAAGGGUCUCAGCAUUAGGAGAGAAGCUCUACGGCCCCGUUCUAGUGCCUUGGUCAACCUUUUUCUUUGUUAUGGGUUUUGUUUUGCAAAGAAGUUUCAAGUCAUGCAUAUACAGAGAUUUUUUAACUAAAGUCCGAGUGUUACUACUCCACUGUCAGGAAGAAGUAUAUCGGACAAAGGCAUCAGAUGGCAGGACCCACGUACAGUCCAUGGCGUGGGGCAGGGUCCAGAGAGAAGGGACACAGAUAUCCCUGGAGUGUAUUUACCCUGAGCACAUCACCCAAGAUGACUUGUAGAUGUGUCCAGACCAGCCAUGGCAGGCAAGCUCUCAAAGGGUAUCAGGACACUAGAUCCCUGGAAACCCAGAGAAUAAAUGUAGCCAAGAAAAAUGUAGGCAUGCAAGAGAAAUGGCAUCUAUUCCCUAGAAGCAAUAUGUUUUACGGCUGUCUCUACCUGGUUUGGGGAAUAAGGCUCAGUCCACAUUUCCCUGCCCUGGGCUCUCUAUGUGCAUUUCAUACGUAUCCUACCCUUCUCUAAUCUGGGACCCCACCUAGCAUGUGCCGAUCCAGUUUGCUGAUUCACUGACCGUGAAAGGCCAGUUCAUGAACACAGUGGGAGCCUUUGUGCCCUGGCCUUCAUGAAUUAGAGUCUUGCCCCUGCUUAGGAGCCAUAGGACUUAGGGGGAAAAGCUUCCUCCACUCUGGCCAUCCACAGGGACCCUCACCAGACUCUCUGCAGUGAUCAGUGUCAGAGACAGCAAGAGGGAAAGAGCAACAUCACCAAGUCCCCCUCGUCACUUUCAGUCCCUCAUGAAAAGGAAGAUGGGGUAUGGCCCCCCACUUACCUGACUCGCAAAGAGAGUGUGUUUAGCUCCACUACCCGUUGAGCCUCAGCCCCUGUGUCUUAGGGAGAAGCAGGAUAUUUUCAGGUAAGUCUCACUUUGGAGCAUCACCAAGCUGAAAUAGAAUUGAUGCUUAGCCUAGACCACGGUGGUAGAGACUCCAUGAGUGAACAUCAUUCAAAGCCUGUGGUGACCUCUUAGAAGAGUCAAAAUGAGUCAAGAUGGCCGAAGUGAUGAGUGGCCCUGACAAACUGCCCGGCAUUCUUCCUACAAAUGGUGGCACAUGACCGGAUGGACAGUAGCUUGUGCCACCUUCCAUACCGAUCUCUCUGGGGACAGCUUGCAUGCCAAGCAGCAUCAAAAACGGCUGACGGGCUGAGCCUUCCGGGGAUCCUCUCAAAUGUGCGAGGUCCCUCAGGGAUUCAGUAGGGAUGGAAGGUUUUCAUUGACACCUACUGACAGCAGCCUGGCUGGUAAAGAUGUCUGCGAGCCUAGUCUUUACCGUGAGCGAGAGACAGAAGCACAGCUGUAUUCCCAGUUACAAGACCCUCAGCCUUCUGUCUGUCUGGGCCCAGCUUCCCUGGUGCUACCAGGUGCUUCCCUGGUCCCGGGCCACCUCUCUGACAUAGAAUGAGAGGACCCAGGGGUCUUGCUGUAUGUACUGUAAGGAAGAAAACCUGACAGUCUCCGAUUCCCCUUCCCAGAGGCCAGAAGUGCAACUCUGUCCCUGGUCAAGGGUGACUUUGAGCACUUGUGACCUCAGCCAAGUCAGAAGACAAGGAGGAGGCUCUGCCCUCUCCAGCAGAGAACAUGCCUAUUGUGCCAGAGAUACUCCCAGAAGACAUCUCUCUGGUGCAGAACUGGGUACCAGGUUCUCUAUAACGCUGAGGACAGCAGUUUCCCCAUUUAUUUCAAAUGCUCUGUGAUUUUUCACAAGACAAGGGUCACAGGUAUAGCUGACCAGACACUUGGAUUGUAGGACCCAUAAAUCAGUAUUAGCAAAGUGGUCAGUCAUAUUCCUUCCUCACCAGUGUCUCUGGUGUGCCCUUUCUAUGUCUGGGCUGCAGAAAGGAACGAACGCAUCCUAAUAUGGGGUCGUGUACGUUAUACUAUGUUUCUUCAUCCCACUUGAGCAUCGUUCCCCAUCCUGUUGCAGUUAAUUCGAAUGUAUCAUGGUUUAUUUGAGACCGCUAGAGCACAUCCCUCUAUCUACUACUACAGAUAGUUUUAUUCCUUUAUUUCCUUUCUACAGCGUGUCUUUUUGUUUUAUUCGUAUUUUGUUUCAGUUUUGGUUUUUGAGACAGGAUUUCUCUGUAUAGCCCUGGCUCUCUUAGAACUCACUCUGCAGACCAGGGUGGCCUCAAAGCUCAGAUCUGCCUGCCUCUGCCUCUGCUUCCCGAGUGCUGGGAUUAAAGGCGUGAGCCACCAUUACCUGGGCAUUAUGCCGUUUUAAAUAAAGUACUUUCCUUAAAAUUUUUAUAACAUUAAUCUGUGGCAUAUUAUUUUUGUUUUGAGAUAAGGUCUCACUUUGUGCUUUGGGCUGGUCUCUCACCCAUAGUGUUAAGAUUAUGGGAAUAUAAUAUGAAGUUAUAAUUUUACACAUAAGAGUAGCUUUUAUAAGUAAUCUGCCUUUGCAGCUUACGAAACCCUUGCCUAUAGCCUCUCAAAUUGAAACCCUGUACACACCCAGAAGCUACCCAGCAUUCUUCGAUAUGACAUGGCAAAUUAUUUCACUGAACACACUGCAAUUCCCUCCAUCAGACUUGGUUGCUGUCCAUGUUUGUGUGCGUUUUCUGGGCAGCAUCAGAUGAAAGCCUCAGCUGACUGAAAGCUGUUAAUAAAC